AUGAAGGCCAUUUGGAAAAUCCCUUUUUCCCUUUUCUUUUGGAACUUUUUAAUUUAUUUAAAUUGUGCAAAGGUGACCAACUCAAAUCAGCUAAAAACGAAUUUGAGAAAUGGGUUUGGACAAAAUGGCUACUUGACUGGUCAUGUGGGAGGAGGAGCACAUCCAAAUUUGAAGAAGCAGCAUGGAGGGGGGGUUUCCGUGCAGGGGAAUGACGAUGAGGAAGUGGAUUCCGACCAGAAAGUGGAUCCCCCCGAGACAGUGGAUUCCCGCGGGACAGUGGAUUCCCACGGGACAGAAGAAACAGAGAAAGCAUUGACAGCAGAGGCAGUAGAGAAAGCACCGGAAAAACCGGCAGCAGGGCCAGAAGAGGUAGCACAAUCGGUUUUGGACCAGACAGUGGGAACAGAGGAAACAGAGGAAACAAAGAAAGCAUCGGUAAUACCGGAAGUACCGGUAGCAUCGGCAGCACCGGGAAAAUCGGAAGAACCGGGAGAACCGGGAGCAUCGGGAGAACUGGGAGCACCAGGAACACCGCCACAAGGGACAACAGAUACAGAAGGGACAGAUGGGACAAAAGGGGCAACAGCGGCUACGACCUGUCCGGGCAAUACAGAAGGAUGUGAAGGUGGGGCGGGAUGUACUCACACAGCAGCCAAAAGCACAUGUCCCAACGCAGAGAGCGGACAGUGCACUAAUGAAAAUUGUGAUGUGUGUAAAAAAACCACCACAAGUCCAGCUGAGGUGUCAGAACAGGUUCUCACUGAAGAAUCACAGAUAACUGUUGUGAGCCCACCAACAGGGGGGGUGAACUCUGGACAGACAGCAGACACUAACAACUUACAAGAAGAAAAAUUGAGUGACAAAGAUAAUGAUAUUAGUUCAAAGGAGGAUAAGGCAGAAGAAGCGGUUUUGGACAAUACAGUGGGAACAGAGAAAGCAUUGGAAACGGAGAAAGUAUCGGAAACACCGGAAGCACCGAAAGCACCGAAAGCACCGGGAGCAGAGGAAGAAGGGACACCACAGACAGCACCGGAAGCAGGGACAACAGGGAAAGAAGGGACAACAGUGGUUACGACCUGUCCGGGCAAUACAGAAGGAUGUAAAGGUGGGGAGGGAUGUACUCACACAGCAGCCAAAAGCACAUGUCCCAACGCAGAGAGCGGACAGUGCACUAAUGAAAAUUGUGAUGUGUGUAAAAAAACCACCACAAGUGCAGCGCAGGUGUCAGAACAGGUUUCCAAUGGAGCAUCACAGAUAACUGUUGUGAGCCCACCAACAGGGGGGGUGAACUCCGGACAGACAGCAGACCCUAACAGUUUACAAGCAGUAAAUUUGAGUGACAAAGAUAAGGAUAUCAGUUCGAAGGAGGAAGAAGUGUUGGUGGAAAGGGAAGUAGAGAACGACGUGGAGAAGGAGAAUGCUAACGAAGACGACACGGAGGAUGAGGGAGAAACUGAUAGCGCAAACUAUGACGAUGUGGACGUGGAGGAGGACGAUGAGGAAGUAGAGGACGAAAUUGAAGACCCAGAAUAUGCGCAACAGAUAACAGAAACGCAGAACGCGCAAAAAAUGCCAACGGCGCAAAACAACCCCCCUGAUGUAGGACAUAAAUCUCUAAUCAGCGAAGCCAUCGUUCAUAGUGCUCUUGCGGAAGAGUACAAGGACACCAUGAAGGGUAAGAAAGAAGCCGAAGCCUUCGUGAACACUUUGCUGGAUUUACUGGACGGUGAUAACAGCGAAGUCGACGAUGCCAUCAAGAAUUUGGCUGACGACAUUUCGCAAUUCGUCCUCAAGUGA